ACUCGAUUUUGCUGAUAUGGGCCUCGUUAAAGUUACAAAGAAUAAGGCCUACUUCAAGCGAUUCCAGGUGAAGUUUCGUAGGCGCCGCGAAGGGAAGACUGACUACUACGCCCGAAAGCGUCUUAUUUGGCAGGACAAGAAUAAAUAUAACACACCUAAGUAUAGGUUUGUCGUCCGGUUCACAAACAAGGACAUUGUGUGUCAGAUAAUUUAUGCCUGCAUGGACGGGGAUCGCGUUAUGGCUACUGCCUAUUCUCACGAGUUACCUCGAUAUGGUGUGAAAGUCGGUCUUACUAACUAUCCAGCCGCAUAUUGCACUGGUCUUCUUCUGGCUCGUCGAGUUCUUAAGAAGCUGAAGUUGGAUGGUAUGUAUCAAGGGCAGACUGAGGUCAAUGGCGAAAACUACCUUGUUGAAUCAAAUGAGAAGCGAGGAGCGUUUAAGUGUUUCUUGGAUGUUGGUCUUCGCCGUACCUCCUCUGGUGCGAACAUCUUUGGAGCCCUUAAGGGAGCCGUUGAUGGUGGUUUGAAUGUUCCUCAUAGUCCAACACGAUUUCCUGGGAACGAUUCUGAGUCUGGGGAGUAUAAUGCGGAAGCUCACCGCGCUCGUAUAUUCGGCCAGCAUAUCGCCGAAUACAUGCGCUCAUUGAAGGAGGAGAGUGACGAUGCCUAUAAACGUCAGUUCGGCGCCUAUUUGAAGCUCGGAAUUGGGGCGGAUGACAUUGAGCCCAUGUAUCAGAAAGCCCACGCGGCCAUUCGUGAGGAUCCUUCGUACACGAAAAAGGAGAGGCCGGCUGUGAAACAUCGGAGGUUCAAUAGAAAGAAAUUGACCCUAAAGGAACGUCGGGAACGUGUGCGCCAGAAGAAGGCUCAUUACCUUUCUCAGCUUCAAACGGACUUGGCUGUUUCAACGCUGAUGGGUUUAGUGGCUUCAAAAUACUUUUUCCUUGUGAUCUGGAUGCUUUGGGGAGCUGUGCUCCUGCGUGGAUGUUUCGGAAACUCCGGUGGUUCGCCACAGGGUGAGGCAGACAUUGUAGCAGACGCUAUCUCUCUUUUGCGUUACGCUCGCGAAAUGGCACCCCACUCCCCCGUAUUUGUGUGGGGUAGCUCUCUUGGAACAGGGAUUGCAGGGUCAAUGGUGAAGGUGAUCAAUGAGACAGGCAGUGUCCGACCGCCAGAGGGAAUUGUGCUAGACGCGCCCUUUACCAACGUGCUGGCUGCUGCAUACCACUCACCACAGGGCAAGGCAAGCCAUGCGAGUCGUUGUGGCUUUAAGGCACCUUCUGAAGCACAUUUUCGAUUCGCUGAACAUUACCUACGACUCCGAAGCAAAGGAAGUUCAAAUUGUACUUACUUCUCUUUAAGCUUCCAAGUGGCAAGCUGUCCAAUUCUCAUUCUACAUUCUGCUGACGACGGGAUUGUACCUAUUCAACUUGGCCAUACGGUAUGCUUAAAUGCCAUGCAGAUGGGUCCUCGUUUUGUCCACUGCUACCUCAACUCAUAUUGUACCAAGGCAAUCUACACAACGCUGAAGAAGGCCAACAUUGAUGUUACGUUUAAGAACUUGGGAUUUCAAGGCUUUGGCCAUGGCAGGAACCAUGAAUAUCCGGGUAUUCCACGUUUGAUUCGGUACGUGCAAAUAGGUUGGUGUGACUUUGUCAACCGCGCGAUUUCGAUAGCCAAGUGA